CAAAGCCAAACCAUAUCAAUCUUUCCGACUUCAAAUCCGAAACCGAACACAAAGAUCAAAUUCGGAUUUGCAACGGAGAAGCAAUCACGAUGAGGCCCAAACGCAAUCGAAAGAAGCGAAACUUCGAAUCACUUCCAUACAACAAGAAACUCCGGUCGAAGCUACCUCGCCGGAGACGAUCUCAGAUCUCUCCAAUUUUGUACACGACUUCGAACUCGAAUGCUUUCCGUACGAAAUCUGGUUUACAUGCUUUUCCAUUGCGUUCAAGUUCUUCAUCUUACAAUUCGAGUAGAAUUUCAAGUUUUCUGAGGAAGAGAGAGUUUGAGGAGAUAGGAGCUUCUGGAGCUGUAAUUCGAGGAAACGAGAAGGUCCGGAGAAUUACUAGAUCUUAUUACCGACAGAAGCAGAAUGAGAGAAAGUUGGAGAUUGGAGACGGUGGUGUAGAAGCGUCUGAAUCGUCCUGUGUGGAGUCGUGUUCUGGAGCAGAUGUUCGAGUCUCUGCAGAGGCAAGUUCUAAGUUCAAGAGAAAAAAUGCUGAAAAUGCCAAAAUAAUUGGAGGAAGCGAAAAUCCGGAAGCAGUUCUGCGAUCCGAGAUUUCAUCGAUUCAACAAAUCGCCGGUGAAAAUUUGAAGUCCGAUGUCAGAAACAUCAAGAAAUCUUCGGAAAGGAAAGACAACGACGUAACUACUUCAGUUACAUCUGGCGUGGAAUUGCCUUCGGAAAUGAAGUUUCCGAAUGCGAGUUCACCUCUUGGAAACAGAGCUUUAGAAUCUGAGAUCUCGCGAAGUUCACGAAAUUACGUCGAUGCGAACUUCACUGUUUCGAAUUCUAGUUCAAAUUCGGAACAGAUGCCAAAGGGCUUAGUUUUUGACUGUGAUCUUUGCUGCUCGGAGUAUCUGUCAUACGAUGAGGUUUCAGAUUAUUCGUCCAGUCACGAGAUGCUAAUUUCCGAGAUGCAAACGGAUGUUCUCCCGGAAAAUCCCGAACUAGAUUUCUCCGAUUACACUCCGUCUCUCUUCUUCGAGUCUGGAAGCGAAUUCUCUGAGAGAUCAGAGGGAGAUUCGACUCGGUCACCCACUUUCUCGUUGUUUGUUCAGUAUAAUCAGCAAUUUUCCAGAUUAGCUUCUCGUCUUGAUGCACGAGUUUCUUCAUCACUCGUUCAAAACGAGUAUCGAGAUGAAUUUACAUUGUUGAGGUUCGAAGACGAGGACGACGAAGAGAGCUACCAGAGGUUCAGGAGCAGAGAGAGAAAAGCGUGCCUACAUGACUAUGGCAAAGAAUACUGCUCCAAGACGGAGUACGGCGGUCUCGUCGCCGAGCAGCGGUUAUUGAUGGUACACUGGAUACUUGAGCAAUCUGCCGCAAAGGAACUCCAGAAAGAGACCCUGUUUCUAGGAGUAAACCUCCUUGACCGAUUCCUCAGUAAAGGAUUCUUCAAGAACAAAAGGAGCCUUCAAAUUGUCGGAAUAGCAUGUCUUACACUAGCCACGAGGAUAGAAGAAAACCAGCCUUACAACAGCCUGCGGCAGAAGACAUUUUGCAUAGGAAACAAUGUGUUUAACAGGCGUGAAGUGAUAGCAAUGGAAUGGCUGGUGCAGGAAGUUCUCAAUUUCCAGUGCUUCAUGCCCACCACCUACAACUUUUUAUGGUUCUACCUGAAAGCUGCAAGGGCGAGUGCGGAGGUGGAGAGGAUGGCCAAGUACCUGGCAGUGCUAGCGCUGCUGGACCAUGAGCAGCUGUGCUACUGGCGCUCAACUGUUGCAGCAGGGUUGGUCAUCCUUGCUUCUCUAGCAGCCAAUCAAGAUGCAUCCUGCCAACGGGUCAUGGAGACCCACGUAAGAACGAAAGAUGAUGAUCUACCUGAGUGCAUAAAGAGUAUGGAGUGGUUGGUAAAGUACGUGUCCUAGCAGAGAAAAAUAACGCGAGCUAUCUCCUUUUAUUCGGAAAUUGAGGAAGUUCUUUCCACUCUGGGCAAAGGACAUGGAUAACCGGUGGGUCAAGGUAAUCUCUUCCAAUUUUGAUCAAUAUAGUAAGACAAAUCUAUUUCCAUCCUAAUGCAAUAGUAGCUGAUGCUUCAUGUAUACUGUCCAUAAAGAAAAAGAAUUCGUAUCUUUUUU